AUUUGACAAGGGUAUCCUUCCACGGGCGUUCCCAUAUACAGUACUCUGGAUCGCUUUUUGUUUCUGCUUGCAAAGAUCGAAAUCUAUUGGACCAUCAAGCAAGCUAGCCCUUCUGCAUAGCUUCUGUAGAUAUAUAUAUAUAUAUGAUCGAACGCGUUCACUUUGAACCCAAAAGCCCACUUUCUCUGUCCCUUGCUUUCAUGCUUUGUGUUGGUGUGGGGGAGAGCCGGGAGGGAAGAUGAAGAAGAUCAGUAGCAGCAGUGAGGUGUCGAAGCUUGACAGAAAGAUGGUGGAGAGAAACCGAAGAAUCCAAAUGAAAGGCCUUUGCUUCAAGCUAGCUUCUCUUAUUCCUUCCCACUACAUCAAAUCCUCUAAGGGCAUGCUUUCACAGCUAGAUCAGCUUGGUUAUUCCACGUCCUAUAUAAAUCAACUGAGGGAAAGAGUAAAGAAAUUAAAGAGUAGGAAAGAACAAAUGAUCAUGGGUUUAGGUACUAGCAGUAACACGAUUGAGAAGAUGAAAAUUAGCUCAAAGUUGCCUAUAAUUGAUUUAAGAGAGUAUGGUUCCAGUAUAGAAGUGAUUUUGAUAACUGGGUUGCAGAAGAACUUCAUGUUGUCUGAAGUUUUAAGUAUUCUUCAGGAAGAAGGAGCUGAAGUUGUCGGUGCUAGCUUUUCUGCUGUGGGUGAUAAGCUUUUUCAUACAAUUCAUUCUCAGGUCAAAAUUUCUAGACUUGGGGUUGAGACUUCAAGGGCACGGCAAAGAUUGAAGGACUUAGUAUACUGAAUUCGCCUAAAGAAUGGAAGUUAUAACUGAUCAGGAUCUCAUUUUUCUUCCGAACCCUCCUAGCCUAAAGAUGAAGGAUUUCAUGCUUUUGUUUGGGGAUUGGAAAUGUGAUCAUUAGAUAAGGAGGGAUGAUCCAAAUAUGUAGUUAAAAGGCUUUAGUGCCUGUUGAUCGAUUUGUACGUGAAAUUUUUCAACCUAAUUUUUAACAGUGUAAUGUGUUUUUUAACA